UUCCUAUCCGGGCGUUCUUCUCAUCGGGAGUAAUGGGCGAUUGAUUGGGGGUUCUGGCUUGCGCUGGAUUUUCCCGACCUCGAGGCCGGCUUGAUGAUAUUCUGACCCUGGCUUCUGCUUCCAAGUCGCUCCUUUCUUUUGAGCUAAACGUCGACGUGUGCGGGCACACCUCGACCCUCCUCUCUCUCCUUUGCGACUCCUCUCCUUUGUCCGCCCUUUGUCCUGCGCAGACGCCCGACGGCGACGGAACGCGACCACGAGCGAACAAUGGCGACCCCGCGAGCACACCGAGCGCGCGCGCCCACCGCGCCCCGCGACCACCAGCGUCUCCCGCACCGCCCGAGCCCUCUGAACACACCACAGGACAAAGAGAGACAUCACGGCCUCCCGACCAGCCCGAAGCAGUUCCUCGCGCCGCCAGGCACCGAUGAAAGAAACUCGCGCUGGUCCGACGUGAUCCCGCCGCAGACCGGGCUCACCUUUGCCGCGAUCUGGGACCCGGACGACGGCAUGGUCACCUUCUCCGGGCCCGAGCUGCGCAAGUUCCCCGCCGAGGGCGACGCCAAGUCCUUCGACCAGCCGUCCACCGUCGACGCCCAGUCCCAGGUGCUCACCAUCGACCGCCUCGCGCUCCCCGCCACCGUCCAGAACUCCGCCGUCUGGGCGCUCGAGGCCGAGUCCGGCCCGCUCACGUUCGCCUGCGACGCGCUCAUGGACAUGGACGGCUACCUCGGCGCGUUCCACGGGCCCGCCGUCAAGUCGCCCGGCGCCGCGUUCCACGUCCAGCUCCCGCAUCCGAACCCGAGGUCCGAGGCGAGCUCGCUCCGCAAGUCGCUGUUCCGCAAGCUGCCGAAGGAGGCCAGGGAGAGCUUUGACUGGAACGCGGUCGCGAGGCUCGACGAGAAGCUCCUGCGCCAGCCCCAGGCCGCGUUCGCGGACGCGUGCAUGAACGGCGAGCUCUCCCCGCCGACGUCGCCCACCCGCAGCAAGCAUCGCUCCAAGCGCAACACGAUCGGCGACGAGGGCUUCUGCGAGGGCGGCCGCACCUGCGUCUCCUCGCCCCUCCCGGACUCGGCCGUCAUCGUGGAGAUGAACAUGAGCUCGAAAUUCUCGAUGACCACCACUUCGACGUCGAACUACGUCGAGGUCACCGAGCCGGGCUCCCCAUCCGACGACGAGGACAACGCGGACAGCGCGUCCUGCUCCUCCUGGUCAACCGUGACACCACCCGACGCGAUCGAGUACCUCACCUCCAGCGCGCGCGCGCUCGCCAACCGGCGGCGCACUCUCAAAAAGCGGCGCACGCGCGACCCCAACGUGCCCGCCAGCCCCAUCGAAGUGCUCUCGCGCGAAAAGUACAACUACGCCGUGCCGCCGCCGCCCGAAGUGCCAAAGGCGGAGAACAGCAAUCACAUCAGGCAGCCGUCGCUGCGGGUGAAGAAGGCCGUAAGGUCGGCGCUGGACGGGAUCCAAAAGUGCCGCAGGCAGGACGACGAGCGCUGGGUCGAGGUCGAGGUCAAGCAGAUGGUCGUCCAGAAGCUGCUAUAACCGCUGCACUCGACAUUUAGUAUUGAUUUUUCUCUUAUCUUUGUUUUCGGUCUUCGAUCUUCUUUGUUGCUGGCCUCGCUUGUUUGUUAUGCACCACCCUAGAGCGCCGAUUCGCACUCACGACUGGACACGAACGCUCGCUCCCCGCUCCUUACAUUGUCCUAAUUAUCGCGCUGCCUGCGGCGCUCUGUAAUUCUCACGAACACUCCAUCUCCUCCUACCCCUGACGAGCCACCUACGGACCCGCUACGUCUCUUACCCCUGCUCUUGUACCUCUGCUUUCGGUUUGAAUCCUCGCGGUUGGGUUUCCGGCAAAUGUAAUACUACGAUACUGUACCUGCUCGUCACAUCUACCUCCAGGGUCUCUAUAUAUAAACGCAUUCCCGACCU